AUGUGCAUUGCUGCUGGUGCCAUCGCAGCUACUAGCACAACACUCAUAGCACAUGGCGCAACCAAUAGCAGCAGCAGCAGCACCAACACCUGCAACUCGCCGAUCUAUUGCGAAGGCCCGUUACUACGUACAGUGCAGCUCGCUCGACUAUUUCCAGACUCAAAAACAUUCGUUGAUAUGCCCACAAAAAAGCCUGUAAACGAAGUUCUUGAUGCAUUUGAAGCGAUUGGCGGAGAAGAAGCGUCGCGUGGAGCGAUUGCAUCGUUCGUGAUCCAAAAUUUUGCUCAGCCCGGCGCCGAAUUGGUUCGAUAUCAUUCUGAUGUCCAGGAGUAUGACAACUCUACACCAGAACCAAGCUGGUUAGAAACUGUACAAGACCCCAUCUACCGUGGAUGGCUUUCAGUGCUCAAUGACGCGUGGCUUAAUCUUACUUUUCAAUUCGAUACGUCCAAAUUAUGUGACGGAUGUGUGUCUAGUACACUGCCUGUAAAACGACCCUUUGUUAUUCCAGGCGGAAGAUUUCGUGAAUUCUAUUAUUGGGACACGUAUUUUGUGAUUCGAGGGUUAUUAUUGAGCGGUUUGGACGAACUGGCCAAGGGCAUGAUCGAGAACUUGCUGGACUUUGUGGAUACCUAUGGUUUCAUGCCCAAUGGUGCACGGAUCUACUACUUGAACCGAUCACAGCCACCGUUAUUGACAGAAAUGAUCAAAAUAUACUAUGAGAAAACAGGCGAUAAGGCGUUCUUGCAAAAGGCACUACCUGUACUCGACAAGGAAUACAACUUUUGGCUUACCAAUACGACAGUACAACUCGACAAGGACCAUGUACUCAACCGAUACUAUGUACAUAGCACGGCUCCACGACCCGAAUCGUAUGUUGAAGAUCACGACGCCGUCUACUUAUCAGACAAACCAUUAAAUGAAACCGAGCGCACCAAAGUGUACAGUAACUUGGCAUCCGGAGCCGAGUCCGGAUGGGACUAUUCUUCGCGAUGGACCAAGACCAAAAGCAUUGAAAACAACGACCCAUUGAGCAUCCUACGCCAUCUCAACGCACACAACAUCAUCCCCAUCGACCUAAACGCAAUGCUUUGGAACAUGGAAAUCACGUUAUCAGAAUGGCACCAUGCUGCACCUCAAAAACAACAAUACUACCAGCGUCAAGCCGAACGACGCUUAGAAGCCAUGGAUACAUAUUUAUGGAACGCCAGCGAAAAUGCGUUCUAUGACUAUAAUAUGACGAGUCAACAACAAAACGUAGAGUUCACGCCGGCUGGGAUGGUUCCGUUCUGGUUAGGCAGUUUACCGGCACGAGCCAAGGCUGCUUUGCCCCGUGCAUUUGAUCAUGUCAUUGAAGCACUGCAAGCGAGUCAAGGCAUAUUGACUACAUCGACGUAUAAUACAACCCUUCAAUGGGAUUGGCCAAAUGGUUGGCCACCUUUGCAGUAUAUUACCAUGCGUGCCAUCUUGAAUGCGGAUGCAUGGAUUGGCAGUGAUCAUCACACAGGACAGUUUGUUCGAUUGGCUCGGACCUUGGCUGAACGCAACGCAGCCUCGGCAUUUUGCUCGUGGUACAAGACUGGUGGAUCAUUGCCUGGAUUGCUGGACCGGGUUUCAGCGAAUACGGACGAUAAUGGACACAUGUUUGAAAAGUUUGAUGUGCGAAACAUGGGGCUUGCUGGUUCAGGUGGUGAAUAUACUGUACAAGUUGGAUUUGGAUGGACGAACGGUGUUGCCUUAUGGAUCUUUAAUACCUUUCCAGAUUUUACGGCACCCAAUUGCACCUCUACAUUUACGUAUCCCGUAGCAAAAGAAGAAGCGGCAGGACAACAUCCACCGACCUCAACUUUGGCAUCAUAG